AUGCCAGACGGUUCGAACGAUGGAAAGACCCCUUGCGACCGAUGCAAAAACCACAACCGUCCAUGUAAAAUACCUCCAUCUCGCCCGUCGGGCCGAAAACCAGGCUCCCUCGGACGUUAUCGCGGUGUCGAAAAGGCUCUGCGUAAAAUCCAGACGGAACUUCGAAAAGCGAAAACAUCAUCGUCUCCAGACCCACAAAACCUCCAAGGACUCAUGAAUCUCGCCGAUGGCAAGGAAGAAAUUCUCAACUUUCUCUUCACAAGAAGUAGCAGCCAGAAUCAGUCCGCAUGCCAUGCAUCUGAAGAGACAGCUCCGACCUCAAAUCUACCUUCAUUGAAUUCCACCUUCCAGGUUGAAUCCCGACCCCGAGCUUUGACUAUCUCCCAAUCUUCAAACGACCAUGUUUCUCCCCAUCAGAGCGAUGAACCUAUCAGUAACCCCCUAGGUCUGGUCGCCGAUGCCUGCGGAGAAGCUGGAGUCCUAGAUCAGCGAUCAAACGCCGCUUGGUCGUCCCCAGUUUCAAAUCCCGACUCUAUCAAUCUCCUUGCGACAUCUUCUGCGGACAUUGAUUCUCACGGCCUUGCCCGCCAUCUCUUAAGACGGCCAGGAUAUGUCUCGCUUGGUCUCAAGCUGGACCGACAGUGCUUGGAGCAUGGACUGGAUGCUCUUCUUACCCAAGAUAGACAAAUAUGUCGAUAUUUGGACUAUUUCAAACAAUCAGACGUGAAUCAAGACCGAGAUACAGGACCUGAUGUAGAUCCCGUUGAUCUUGGCCUUGUUUCUAUGGAGGAAGCUCACUACCUAUUUCCCAUUUUCUUUGCACGACUCCAUCCCAUUAAUGGGAUCCUUGAUCCUAUGUUACAUACGCCAGAAUUUGUACGAUCAAGAUCCGCGCUACUGUUCACGUGGAUCCUGGCCAUUUCAGCACAAUUCGACCAUGCCUCGGGUUCGAUUUCUAAGAGGCUGCGUAUCCAUGGGGAGCAUCUUUCAAAGUAUGUUCACGCCAACGGAUACAAAUCAGUCGAAAUCGCUCAAGGCUACUAUAUUUCAUUACUCUCUGCUGUUCCUGCGAAUACGAUGGCCGAAGAACGGUCGUGGCUCUACACCAUUUAUGCGUUUGGCGUGGCCGCAGAGCUGGGUCUGGAUCGCCGGUCUCGAGCCGUUGGCUAUUUCAACGGUAUCGUUGGAACAAACAGGCCCGGUCCCGCUUCAUCACAACGUCAGGUGGACGGGAGAACAUCGAGUGGUGCCAGAGGCAAUCAGUCAGAAUUGUUGUUAGGACACCGCACCGAAGAUUCCGGCUAUGCCGAAAGACUGGCCCGAAAUCGAGAACGAACAUGGUUAAGGAUUCUCCUCUGGGAACGAGCGCAUAGCGCUGCUCGUGGCCGAGUGAGUGCAUUUCCAGAGACUGACUUGACCCUCAACAUUGAAACAUGGUAUCUACACCCCCUUGCCGACCCUAAUGACAAGUACACGUGUGCCUUCAUUCUUCUACGGCGACAUCUAGCGGCACUGCACAACGAAUUGAAGAGGCAAGCAGGGUUUCAGCAUACAUCGCGUCACUGGGUACGGGAACUUCUUGAUUCGACUUUGCAGCCUUGGUGCAACGCCUGGCUAGAAUCUCCCGACGUACCGUCGACUCCCGCCGGGCGCACAUCCAACACUUUCCUUCGCUAUGUCUACAUGCACGGAAGGUUGUGGACCCUGUCGUUCGCAUUACACGGCCACAAUAAUAAUACAGCUCAAGACGUCGCUGCUAUCAAAGAAGACUGCUUCGAAGCAGCGGUGAAUUGUUGCGAGAUCGCGGUCCACGAUCUUCAGGAAAUAGGCGAGCCGAUAUAUUGCAUGCUGGCCCCGACUUGGGCAAUGAUAUCUUAUGCAGCUGUUCUCGCGCUCAGAUUGUUCCCCCUCCUGUACGGCGAUUCAGGCUGGGGUGAGGUCGAACUGUUGGCCUUGCUUUCCCAGGUUGCCUUGCAGCUCGAGCGGGCGGGAACAACACCAUCCCACCGCUUUGGAAUCGCCGCUCUACUUGGACAGCAUCUGUUCAUGAUCUUACGAGCUCGAGCCAACGCGUUGAAGUGUGUGACGGAAGCAAGCCAAGUUCGGCGAAGCUUGCCUCUGGACAGCACAAACUUCGAAGCCAGGCAGGGAGCACAAGGACAUACCGACAAUCAGCCUGAACCACAAUCAUUCGAUCCUUUCCUUUCCACUUUUGAUCCGUUUCUAACUGCGCCUUUUUUCCCAAGGGAGGAGGAUGGUGCGGCCGAGGGCUUCACGGAAGCUCUUUGGGAUUGGUUCGGUCAGGGAAUUGGUGGUGUAACUUGA